GGGCUGCCAUUGAUAUCUCCGUAUAUAACUUCUAAUGAGUUCAAGAAACGAAGCCUAUUCCAGAGGCAGAAGAGGAAACUAAAGGUAACACAUUGCAGCUGCUCAGGUGUCUCCCACGUGAACCAUUAUUUUAAAGAAUAUGAACAACCAAUAUAUACGUGUAGAGAUUUUUGCCCUGGAAACUUGUGAACUUAAAAAUGCUUGGGAAGAGAGAAUUCAAAAACAAAACGAAGAGCGACAAAUUGAAGCAGCUAGACAACAAAGGAGCGCUCUAAAACGGCUUCGGAAUGAAUGGGCUGAACGGCUGGAGAAAAAGAUUGAAAUGAUAAGAAGCCAGAAUCAAAAGAGAUCUAAUGUGUGACAAUACCUCCCUUCCCAUUUUCCACUGUCUUCAGAUUCACAGUAGUUAAUGCAUCGUAUAAUCUAAACAACUGUCUGUUUAGUAGUUCAUUUCCUGGGAUGGUUAGGUAAAGACGGCAUUUAACAGUAUUUGUGAAUGUAUUUAACCUAUGUUAAAAAACAUCACAGUCUAAAUGGAUUGUCUGGUUUCAUAACUCUUCCUCAUAUAUAUUGUUGCAAUAGAUACUUUGAAAGAAAGAUUGCUUUAUUUGUAUGUGACUUUUUAAUUCAUGAUUAUGCACCUAAAGAGUCAAUGUCAAAAGAACAGGACUUUGAAGCACGCAAUAAUA